ACAACAAACAAAACUCAAUUCUCAAUUCUCUCUCAUUAUCUUGAUCUCGAAUUUCGUCGCCGAUGGCCCGUACAAAGCAGACUGCUCGGAAGUCGACCGGCGGCAAGGCUCCCCGGAAGCAACUGGCGACGAAGGCUGCCCGGAAGUCGGCCCCGACGACCGGAGGAGUGAAGAAGCCGCACAGGUACCGGCCUGGAACGGUGGCCCUACGUGAAAUCCGAAAGUACCAGAAGAGCACGGAGCUGCUGAUAAGGAAGCUUCCGUUCCAGAGGCUUGUUCGGGAAAUAGCGCAGGACUUCAAGACGGACCUGCGUUUCCAGAGCCACGCCGUGUUGGCGCUGCAGGAGGCGGCGGAGGCCUACCUUGUUGGGCUCUUUGAGGAUACCAAUCUCUGCGCCAUUCAUGCCAAGCGUGUUACAAUUAUGCCUAAGGAUAUCCAGCUUGCUAGGAGAAUCAGGGGUGAGAGGGCUUAAGCCAUUCAUCUCUGUAAAAAGGGGAUUUAGGGUUAAUUGGUGGAAUCAUGAUUAGGGGAUUUAGGGUUUAAUUUUCUAUGGUUUUUAAUAAAUCGUCAGAUUUGAAGACUUAUUGCAAUUAUUUUGUGUUCGACCUCUA